UUCUUCAACUAGAUCUCUCGACUCUCUGCGGCCUUUUUCUUGCCGUUUCACAUUUGCUUGCAAUUAAAAAAAAAAAAAAACCUCGAAAUCACCAUGGAAGAAGGGCCAGAACCCAAUCUCCCAACCAAAACCCUAGGCCUCAACGCCGAUUUACAGAAAAAGCACCAAGCCAUGCUCGAUCGCCUCUCCAAUCGCCACCAAGCUCGUUUAGAUAACUCGCUGGCUCGCCGAUCUGACUCAGGCAACUCCUCCGAGUCCACCUCCUCUUUUCUCUCCCGCUUCUCCGACUCCAAGCAAUCCAUCGACUCCCAACUCGCCGACUCCCGUCUCAUUGCUCAAUCCGAUCCAUCUCGCCUCAAAUCUCAUUUCGCCAAUCUCUCCUCCUCCAUCUCGGACCUCGAAAUACUCGUCGCCGAGAACUCUUACUUCCUUCCUUCUUAUGAAGUCCGCUCUUCUCUCAAAACCAUCUCCGAUUUAAAGCAAAAUCUCGAGACUUUGAACUCCGAAUUGAUCCCAAAAAAGAAAUUUUCCUUCAAAAACAAAGCCACAACAAAAAAGGAACCCAUUAAAGAGCCCGAACCCUUAAAAUACGACACCGUUUCAUUAUCCAAUUUCAAAAUGCCUGAUUCCCCCGGGUUUAGAAACAAAACAAACGAAACCCUAGUGAAGAAAUUCAAGGGGACGGAUAUUGGAGAAUUUACGCUAUCAGAUCUCGAUUCUUGCGAAGUAAGAUUAACCGGUUGCUGCAAUGCGGUUUUUAUGAACAGAUUGAAGAAUUGCAAGGUUUAUUUGGGACCAGUGAUCGGGUCAAUUCUGAUAGAGGAAGUGGAAGGGUGUGUUUUCGUAUUGGCUUCUCAUCAGAUAAGGAUUCAUCUGGCGAAAAAGUGUGAUUUUUAUUUGAGAGUGAGGAGUAGGCCGAUAAUUGAGGACAGCAAUGUUGUGAGAUUCGCGCCGUAUUGCUUGGAUUAUGAAGGGAUUGAGAUGGAUUUGCAGAAGGCAGGGUUAAGUGAGGAGACGGGGAAUUGGGCGAAUGUGGAUGAUUUUAAGUGGUUGCGAGCUGUGCAGUCGCCAAAUUGGUGUGUUCUGCCGGAAAAUGAGAGGGUCGGAAAGGUUCGGGUUGAGGAUUUUGAAAGCCGAAUUGAAGGUAGUUAAAGAUUGUUUUUGUAAUGAGGGUCUUUGAAUUAUUUGAGUUCUUAUUGUCAUGUUUAAAUUGAUGCUUGUUAUCUCACUUUUUUGAAAUGGAAUUCGAAAUGAAAGUGUCAAAGGAACAUUUUUAUUGUGCUGUUUAUUUGUUUCUUCUUCUUUUCUGUUGUGAAUUACAAGCUUUUGUAUUAGCUUUGUUAGACUCGUGGAAAAUGGAAGAUGAAAAUUAAUAAACUCAUGGCAAUCUUUAUGUUCCUGCUUUCUGUAAUUUCUGGUUACAUGUGUACCUGCACUUGAGGUUAUUACUUGUAUGAUUAGAAUUAGUUUUUUUGGAGAU